UCAGAGACCCUGGAUACCCAGACCAGGGGAGGGGCACAACAAUGCCGAGGAGGAGGAGGAGGAGGAGCAGGAGGAGAGUGGUGGUGGUGGUGGUGGUAGUGCUUUGGUGCUUUGGUUAUUGGGUGUUGGCUGUAUUCGUCAGGUUGAUCCCAGUGGACAGUAGCGUUGCGCUGGGGUCGCUUUACUCCGCCCAGGCCACUUUACGCGGUCGGUCGCGUGCGCAGGCGGGAGAGAAUGGUCCAAUGAGGGGGGGUGGGUGGUUGGGUUCGUUUGAUAAGAGCGAGAGGGAGAGAGAGUGGAGAGGAGAGGAGGAGAAAAACAAAUAGAGAGAGAGCAAUAUUGG